AUGGAAACUUUGGAGGACGGUCCAUUAAAAGUUCAAAAGAUUCGAAUGUACCCAAACCAAGAGCAAAAAGAAAAAUUAUUGAGAUGGAUGGGGGAUGAAACAUUUAGCACACAAGUUAUUAACAAGAAUUUAAAUCCAGAAUGGAAUGCUUCAUUCGAUUAUAAAAUUGAUCCCAAAAAUCCUUGCAACGAACUUCGUUUUAUAUGUUGGGAUAAAGAUAUCUUUGGCAAUGAUUACAUGGGAGAAACUACCAUUAAUUUAUUAAAUUUUUGGGAAAGCAAUGAGAUUGGUUACUAUAAUGAAACCAAUAAGCCUCAACAAUUUCCAUUAGUCUCUGCUCGAAAAAGUGAAGAAGUUUCUGGUCAAAUUUUAAUUAAAAUUGGGCUUAUCGAUAAUCAAAACAAGUUUCUAGAUGAGCGAGAAUGGAAUUCUAUUUGGAGUCAAAUGAAUAACCUUCAUAUUAAAGAAGAUUCAACUAAUAUAGCUAAUAGUAAUGAUAUAGCUAGCAUUGAUAAUGCCAUGAAACAUCACAAGAAAAGCCCUAGCAUAGCUAAACUAAAUGAAGUUAUUGGAGUAAUUUUUCUUGAAGUAGUAAAAGCAAAAGACCUUCCUCCAGAAAAAGAUGUAACUAAAUUGGGAUUCGAUAUGGAUCCUUUUGUAGUGGUAUCAUUUUCCAAGAAAACAUUCCGAACACAAGUCAUUAGUCAUGAUUUAAAUCCUGUUUGGAAUGAAAAACUUCAUUUCCCAAUAUUAAAGAGUGAAGAAAAAUAUUCAAUAAAAUUUACUGUUUACGAUUGGGAUAAAUUUAGUGAUAACGAUCUAGUCGCUUCUAAAUAUUUAUCAGUUAAACCAUUAAUAGAUAAGGCUGAACAAAAAUAUGAGCAUAAAUACAAGCUUUUAGAUGCUAAUGAUGAAAUGAUUGAAGAAGCGCUUGAUCUUGAAGUUCAUAGCAAACGAAAGGAUCAACAAUCAAAACUUUAUGUGCGAAUCAAAUUUAUACCUUAUGAACAAUUAAGAACUCAAUUUUGGAUGGCCUUGGCAAAAAUUUAUGACACUGAUGAAAAUGGAGUAAUGAAUUUUCUUGAAAUUGAGACCAUGUUAAAUAGUAUAGGUUCUUCUUUGACUGUUGAAACAAUAUCAACAUUUUUCACUCGAUUUGGAAAAAAUCCACACAAAGAUGAAUUACAAUUUGAAGAGCUUGUUCAAUGUUUGGAAAAUCAUUUGAGGGAACAUAAAGAACACAAAAGUGCUAAUUAUGAUGGUGAAGAAGCUGAUGAUGAACAUUUAAUAUAUCUCAAAGAAUGUCCUAUUUGUCAUGGACCAGAUCUUUCUCAACUUUCAGAAACAGAUAUUGUUACUCACGUUGCAAUUUGUGCAAGUCAUGAUUUGGGUAAAGUUAGUAACAUUAUAACAGGGGAUUUUGUAACCGAAUCUCAAGCACAAAGGAAAUGGGUGACCAAAGUUAUCACCAAAGUUGGAUUUGGUGGUUAUAAAGUUGGUGGUAAUAAUGCAAAUAUCAUUGUACAAGAUCGUUUAACUGGUCAUUUAGUCGAAGAAAAAAUGGCUGCUUAUGUUCGAUUGGGUAUUCCCAAAAAUCUUUUACAAAAUCUCUCUGUAAAACAAGGCAAAAAAUUCGAUAAGCCAUCUUCCGCUGGAGAUAUUGUUCCUUUCAUUAAGUUUCAUAACUUAAAUAAAGAUGAAAUUUUGGAUCCAUUAGAUUCUUUUAAAAAUUUCAAUGAAUUCUUUUAUCGUAAAUUAAAACCAAGUGCCAGAUUAUGUGAUUCUCCUCAGGAUCCACAUGUUUUAGUUAGUCCAGCAGAUUGUCGAAUGAUGGCUUUCCCAACUAUUGAUUUCGCAACACAAAUCUGGAUUAAAGGUCAAAACUUUUCAGUUGCUAGAUUACUUGAUGAUGAGGAAGCUGCCAAGGACUUUGAAGGAGGUUCUUUAGGUAUUUUUAGGUUGGCACCACAAGAUUAUCACAGAUACCAUUUUCCAGUAGAAGGAGAAUUAAGUGAACCACAUGGAAUUAAAGGAGCAUUUUAUACUGUUAAUCCAAUGGCAAUUCGUUCAGAGCUUGAUGUUUACGGUGAAAACAAGCGAGUUGUAUCUUAUAUUAACUCUCCUCAGUUUGGAAAAGUUGCUUAUAUAUGCGUUGGCGCCAUGAUGGUUGGUUCUAUUGUUCUCACAAGUAAACCACAAAAUUAUAUAAGAAGACUAGAAGAACAUGGCUAUUUCGCUUUUGGUGGUAGCACAGUCGUACUUCUUUUCCAAAAGGGAAGAAUGUUAUGGGAUGAAGAUAUUUUAGCAAAUUCUACUACUUGUUUGGAAACUUUGGUUCGUGUUGGUAUGCACGUAGGAAAAUCCACAGUUCACCAUCAAUAA